GGCUUCACUCAGUGGAAUGAAAAAUUAAAAGAAACUGAUGUUAGCGAAAGAAGUAACAAUUAUACCGUUAAACAAAACAACGGUAUGCUUUUAGUGUAGAGAAUACGUUUGUUGCCACUUUUUCCUAGCUGUUAUGUUGUGUGUGACUGUUAGUGUACCACCCCUGUUUUUACCAGUGGACGACUCUCUGAUCUAGGAGGACCCCAGAAGAGGAGACAAAAACCGCCAUUUCAAGAACGAUGACGUGCACCCCUGGUGUAUAUGGCAUGGCGUCUGGACGUCUGUGGUGGUUGCUAUGGUUACUGACGCUCCACGCAGCUUCCAGUCAACACGUGGGCGACAAGAUGAACCUCAAGUGUGACGUCAUAGAGUCAGGAACGGACUGCUACAAAGUGUCCACUGGUGGUCGGGACUACCGUGGGCAGGUGCGGGUGACUGACAGUGGACUAGACUGUCAGAGGUGGAGCACACAAGAGCCACACGGACACGAAAACACCCCUCAAAUGUUCCCCAGGAAAGGAUUGGACAGUAACUUCUGUCGGAAUCCCUCCCCUAGCGAGUUGGAUCAGUACAACAGGCCAUGGUGUUACACUACAGACCCUGGCAAACGGUGGGAGUUUUGUCCCGUCAACCCCUGCAAUGAACUCCUGAAGCAGCAGGGCGUCUCCGCCUCAGGCCGGCUGGAGUCCCAGCUGGAGCGGCAGAACGCCACCAUACAGGAGCAGCGGAGGAACCUGGAGGCACAGUGGAGGACUAUCAGAGAGUUGCUGCAGGGCCGUGACAGCGGCCCAGUAGACCUGACCAUAGAGGAGUGUCAGCUGUGUACCCAGGGGGAGUGGUGUGACGUCAGCACGGCCCCGCCCACAUGUAUCCCCUGUUCUUCCUGUCCGAGCGGGUACAAGAGCCAGGACCAGUGCUCCGGGGCCACGGACACGGUUUGUGUGGAUAUAGACGAGUGUGUCGCCAACAGGAUGAACAACUGUGAGAAGGACCAGACCUGUGUGAACGUACCGGGGAGCUUCUAUUGCAUGGGGAAGUUCAUUCUGUGUGGGCCCAACCAGUUCUAUAAUACGAACACGAAGAGUUGUCAGAAGUGCCGGCGGUGCAUGGGGGAUGGCAGCCGCACCAUCGUGCCGUGUCACCUGGUCAGCGACACCCUAUGCUCUCCGCCUGUUCCCAACCUCUUCUCGGCGCUGUACCUGUCGGAGAUCAGGAACAACUCCUACACCAACAUCCCCGGCGGGGACAAGUUGAAACUGCGGCCCAUCAGGUCAUCCAACGACUCGUACUUCAGCCGCGACCCUUCUUAUCAGAACAUCAUCCUGGAAAAGGCGGGGUUCGCUGUGGUGGACAUCAACUACGCCUUGAGGCACACAUGUGCCAACUACAUGCAGCUGAGUGUAGACUGGGACGGCGUGGCCGAGGCCGGCACCCGGCUGAAGCAGACGGUGGGCCGGUACUACCAGAGCUCUACUGUCAGCACGGCCAUGGCGGUCACUCCGGGGGAGACUCUCGGUGUGGAGAUCCGCAGCAACAACCGAGAAUGUUUCCCGCCGGGUGACAGGGCGCCCACACAGCUGAAGGAGGUUGCGGACGUGGAGAGGUCCGGCCCUUUCAGCAUUCUCUGGCUCUCCCACAAGACUGGUGCCGCACUGCUGAAGGCCUCCAUGCAACAGGCAACCUACGAGGGCUCCUGGCGGGUAGACUUUGAACUGCAGUCAAUAUCAGAUCCAUACAUGUUGCAACUGAAAUCUUCAAAUUUCAUCAGUUUUCGCCGGGAAGGAAACGUGCGGUUUUCCUUCCAUCAGGCUAUGUACCUGCAAGGCUUAGCGUGCUCCGGGCCGGAGGGUGUGGUCAUGGUGCCCAAACUACUGCGCAGGGGCGGCGGAACAGUCAAGCUGUUGCAGCACAUGAACGUCGGAGUCAACAUGCAGUACAUGACGCUGGUGACAGGGGCCGCUGUUCCCGUCCAGGCUGGUGACCGACUGUUUAUGGAAAUCGAGAGCGCACGUGACUGCACCAUGUACUUCCUCGGGUCGGAUUUAGGAAUCGGCGGGUUGAACGUGCUUUGGCUGCCCCACCAGAAGUCUGCUGUCCUGAUGGGCGAGCUGUACAACAACGGACAGCUGGAGGGGGUGGCUCAGAGACAGGUGCUGCGCUUCACCGAGAAGAACAACACCGACCCCACCGUGCUCAAACUCAACAAGAACGGCAGAGUCACGUUUUUGAAGCCAGGACGAGUGAACGUGAACUACCAUCAGAACAUCAUCCACUCGUGUGACUACGCCAGCAUCACAGCGUACUAUCACGGCCUGGCUAUAUCGGACCCCGUCCCCUUCAUGCAGCAGGUCCUUGGUAACACUAACGCGAAAGCGGAAGGCAUCUACCUUAGCGGGUCGUACGACGUGGAGGAAGGUUCCCAGAUCUACCUACAGAUGACCUGCAAACGGGGCAGGAUCAACGGGGUGGGGGAGGGGCACUUCAGCACGCUGUCUGUACUCUGGAUCAUGCCGUAGACUGUUACGUUGUCGUUGUUGCUAUAUCCAACUUUUUCAACAAUUACAAUCAAAAUUAAAAUGAAGAACGAAGACCACUUUUAUACCAAACCGUUUUGUGAAGUUUGUGUAAUUUCAUGUGGAAUAUCAUUCAGUUCAGUUCAUCCUCAGAGAGGUAACACCAGCGUCUCCGCAUGUUUCUGUCCAGCAUGGUUGAACGGAGCUCGAAUAUAAAUAUGAAUAGAGAAAGGCACUACUAAAGAACUAAUGUGUGGACAAAGAAGUCAAAAGAUAUAUUUGAAGAAUUUUUUCGAACAUACAUUUUUGUUACGUUAAAAGGCUACAAUGUUAUUUGGCUAUUGUUGCCUGUCUUGUAAAGUGUACGUAGAUUUUAUUUAAGACAUUUAAGGCUCUGUGUUUUCAAAAAUAUAUUAACCAUUUGCAACAAUCUUGAAUCGCAAUGUAAGGUGACAAAAAAACGAGACGCAAAAGAAAGGACAUAUUGCUCUUUUAAACUGAAUGAUGUUUUUCCCAUGCUCCUUGAAAAUAUAUCAGUUUUGUCCCUCUGUGUUUCUUGGUAAAAUCUUAAUAAUUUUUUAAAAACUG